AAAGAAGUGAAUAUAGUGCAGGGAAGAGCUAAGGACUCCUAUAAAAUAAUUAAUUAUUACAUCAUCUUAUCCCUCCUCCGAUCAACCAUGGAACAAACGAUUGAGCAGGAGUCAAAAGCCCCAGUCGACGGUAAAUCUCACUCAAUCCAUUCACAGCCGUCAACAGGCAGACUUUUUUCCAGCGCCAAAGUUGUGGUGGAUGCAGCGCAGUCGGCGUACCGGCGGGAAACAUUCGACAAGGCGAAAGCGGCCGGAGCCGCUGAGGAUAUUCUGAGAGCAGCCUCCAAGUACGGUAAAUUGGAGGAUAAGGGCUACGCUAAGUACGUGGAGCAGGCUGAAGGAUAUCUCCACAAGAUACGGGGAGUUGAAGGCGGCCACGUGGAGGUGAAACCGUCAGAUCACGUGAAAUCAGGUGGUGGUGGGUAUGGGGAUUACAUGAAAAUGGCGCAAGGAUUGGUGAGCAAGUACCAAUCUGAGGAAGAAAACCAAGGGACGACAAAUGAUUCGGGAAAGAAAGUGGAGAAGAAGGAGGAGGAGACUUCAGGAUCAGGUGGGUUUGGAAACUACUUUAAAAUGGCUGAAGGUUUCUUGAAGAAGUAAUCACUGUCCUGAUCUUCAUCCUAAUCCUAAUCUUAUAAUUGUUGUGGUUUUUAUUAGGUUUGUUAGUUAUUAUUGUGCAUUUGAAUCUCUACAUCGAAGAACAGGUGCUAACUAUUUUAUUUGUUUGUGCUUUCACUAAUCUAUUCUGAUAGAUUAAAUUUAGUAUUA